AUCCCAUCACAAAAAUGCGCUCAAUCCUCGUAUCCCGCCGUUUCGCCCACGUGCUCACAAGCACUCACGCAGCUCCAUCCACCUCGAACAUCCCAACCACAGAUUCUCAUCACCUGACCCAUCCGUCGGUUCAUCGUCAGCACACCAACAGCUACAUCCACGGAACCUCGAAUAUUCCGCUCAGAAAUGAGACUUUGGGACAGACACUGAGAAAUACUACUGAAAGAGUUCCGGAUAAGGAGUUCUGUGUUUUUUCCAAAUACCCAAUUAGAAAGACCUAUGAGGAGUUCUACCAUGACGUCCGUCAAAUGGCAGCCUCGCUCUACACUCUCGGUCUCGAGAAGGGAGAUCGUGUCGGAGUCUGGGGACCAAACUACUACGAAUGGGUGGUUCUCCAGUAUGCAUGUGCAUUUGCAGGAGUCAUUCAGGUCAAUGUCAAUCCUCACUACCUCCACGAAGAACUUCGUUUUGUGAUGAGAAAAACUGGAAUGAAGGUGCUCUUUGCACCAAAGAGACACAAGCACAGCAACUAUGUUCACACAAUGCUUGAGGCAAUGCCAGAAAUGCGACGUGGCCAGCCAGGAGUUGGACACAUCAAAUCCCAUGACAUCCCAGAGCUCCGCCACAUUGUGCUCUACGGAGAUGACGUCCCCGUCCACGGAGCCUGGGUCUACUCUGACUUAAUCCAUGCUGCUGGAAGUGCAGAACGCGCAAAGCUGGAAGACAUGGAUCGCAAACUUCGACCGGAUGAGCCAGUAAACAUGCAAUUCACAAGUGGAACCACUGGUCAUCCAAAAGGAGCAACUCUGACCCAUUUCGGGCUGAACAACAACGCAUAUUUCGCAGGAAUUCGCCUUGGAUGGGAUAGAGAGGAUCACAGAAUCUGUAUCCCAAACCCUCUUUACCAUUGCUUCGGAUGUGCGGUCGGAGUGAUCAACGCGGUCAAUCAUGGACAAACUGUGGUCUUCCCAUCAAAGUCCUACCAUGUUCCGGAUAUCUUCGAGGCUAUUCAAAAUGAGAAAUGCACCACGAUGUUCGGCACACCGACCAUGUUUAUUGACGUGCUCAAGUCUCCACUUAUGAAGCAAUUCGACAUCUCAUCCCUUCGAGGGGGUGUUAUCGGAGGAGCCCCAUGUCCGAUGGCUUUGUGCGAGAAGAUGGUGAAGGAGAUGAGAAUGACUGAUUUUUCAGUGAUCUAUGGAUCUACCGAGACAUCCCCUCUAGUCACCAUGUCGGAACUCCACGUGGAUCCAUUCGAGCGAAUCAAGUCCGUCGGGUCAGUGAUGCCACAUCAAGAACUCGCCAUUGUCGAUGAAUUUGGAGUCCCCGUGCCAACUGGAGCUAAAGGAGAGCUCUGGUCUCGUGGCUACUCGACUAUGCUCGGCUACUGGGCCGACCACGACAAGACCAACUUGGCAAUUACACGUGAUCGCUGGUACAAAUCUGGAGAUACCGCCACGAUGAACGAGGAUGGAACUAUCAAUAUUGUCGGUAGAACUCGUGACAUGAUUGUGAAGGGUGGUGAGAACGUCUAUCCGACCGAAAUCGAGCAGUUCUUGCAUAAGUUGGACUAUGUCGCUGAUGCUCAUGUCGUCGGUGUGCCAGAUGACAGGUACGGAGAGAACAUCUGCGCCUGGGUGCGUCUUCGCGUUGAGGAUGAAGGAAAGAUCACCGCGGAGCACAUUAAGAAGGCUUGUAAGAGAGGAAUGGCUCACUACAAGGUUCCAAAGUACGUGCUCAUCAAAAAGGAGUCCGAAUUCCCUCUCACAAUUUCCGGAAAAGUCAAGAAAUUCGAAAUCCAAAAGAUUUCCAAAGAGCUGUUGGGUCUCGGAACUGUCAAGUCUCACUUCACAGAAGCUGUCGACAAUUAAAAUCGGGUUGAACAUAUUUCCUAUAUUUUAAGUUGCCUUUUCGCUGGGAUUUCCUUGCUUUUUACGGUCUAACCGCUAUAAUUGUAAUAGUGACAUAUUUAACCGGGUUUUUAUGUACUCUUCCGUGUAUUUGCCAUGUAUUUAAUUGUGAGACUUGUACAGAAAUUGCGAUUUUCUCUGAAUAAAUAGCUUUAAAAUUCAAAAUUCCCUCC